AACAGUGCCGCCUAGGUAGUGCCCUGCGAUUUCGGGUAGGUAGCGAUAACGAACAAGAACCAAGCCGCCUGCAAGGCCCCGAAAAAAAAGCCUGGUGGCCCCUCCACCGCUGACGGAGACCGCUACCCAGAUUGGGAAGACGCUACCAAAACAGCGCUGGACAAAGAGGCGGGAAAAUACACUUUUAAUUAUCUUGGCCCUCCUUGCCCACCUCCCGCUUCCGCCUCCUUCUUCUCCUUUUCUCAUUCUUCAUCUUCACCUCGUCCCUUUCUCUAUCCUCCCUUUAUCGUCUCACAAACACUACAACCUUUUUCACAAUGGCUGCUCGUCCCCAGAACAUUGGCAUUAAGGCCAUCGAAAUCUACUUCCCCAGCCAGUAUGUUGAACAGAGCGAGCUUGAAAAGUUCGACGGUGCCAGCGCUGGCAAAUACACCAUUGGUCUUGGCCAGACCAAGAUGUCCUUCUGUGACGACCGCGAAGAUAUCUACUCCAUUGCCUUGACCGUCACUUCGAACCUCCUCAAGAAGUACAACAUCGACACCAACUCCAUUGGUCGUCUCGAGGUUGGCACUGAGACAAUUCUUGACAAGUCCAAGUCUGUCAAGUCUAUCCUCAUGCAGCUCUUUGGUGAAAACACCAACGUUGAGGGCAUUGAUACCAUGAACGCUUGCUACGGUGGCACCAACGCCUUCCUCAACAGCGUCAACUGGAUCGAGUCCUCUGGCUGGGACGGCCGUGACGCCAUUGUCGUCGCUGGUGACAUUGCCCUCUACGCCAAGGGCAAUGCUCGCCCUACCGGUGGUGCUGGUGCCGUUGCUAUGCUCAUUGGCCCUGACGCCCCUGUCGUUGUUGAGCCCGGACUGCGUGGUACCUACAUGCAGCACGCUUACGACUUCUACAAGCCCGACCUGACCAGCGAGUACCCUUACGUCGACGGUCACUACUCUGUCAACUGCUACACAAAGGCUCUCGACUCUGCUUACCGCGAGUACUCCAAGCGUGAGGCCAAGCAGUCCACCAACGGCACCAACGGCCAUGCUGAGUCUGGUGACAAGACCGCUCUUGACCGCUUCGACUACCUUGCUUUCCACGCCCCUACUUGCAAGCUGGUCCAGAAGUCCUACGCUCGUCUCCUCUACCACGACUUCCUCGCCAACCCUGAUGCCACUGCUUUCGCCGAGGUUGCUCCCGAGCUGCGCGACAUGGACUAUGAGAAGUCGUUGACUGACAAGGCUGUUGAGAAGACCUUCAUGGGCUUGACCAAGAAGCGCUUCCAGGAGCGCGUCAACCCUUCCAUCCAGGUUGCCACCAUGUGCGGUAACAUGUACUGCGCCAGUGUCUGGGGUGGCCUUGCCUCGCUCUUGUCUUUUGUCGACAGCAAGGAGCUUGAGGGCAAGCGCCUCGGUCUCUUCAGCUACGGCUCUGGUCUUGCUUCCACCUUCAUGUCUUUCCGCGUUAACGGCAGCGUUGAGGCCAUCUCUAAGGCCCUCGAUAUCCCCAACCGCCUCGAGGCCCGCCGCGCCGUCCCCCCCGAGACCUACGAUCAGAUGUGCGAUCUCCGCAAGCAGGCCCAUCUCCAGAAGGACUUCACCCCCAAGGGUGAGGUUUCCACUCUUACCCCUGGCACAUACUACCUUACCAAGGUUGACGACAUGUUCAAGCGCGAGUAUGCUAUCCAGGCUUAAACGGGCGAAUCGAACAACCGACUCGUAUUGCAUUUUGGUUUCAAUUGGAUUAUAAUAUGCUCCAACGACGAGCAUUGAUGGUGCAUGACUUUAUUAUGAGGGAUAGAACAAGUAUUUUUUCUUUAUAAAUAGUGGGAGGACUCGAGCAGAGAACGCGGGUUCUACUAUAUAGACAAAAAGGCGCUCGGACGUGUAAUUUGAGCUUUGGACUCUGGCUGGUGAGCCAAGCAGCCCAGGCUUGUGUAAAUAUUUGGACAACUAUGCGCCGUUUAUAUCAAAAUUAUAUGCAUUCAAACAAGACACUACAUAUGAUAAUAGUUACAUUUCCUUUUGUGAUCUAAUUGUACAUGUUUUACCUUGGCCCGGCUGCCGCCACUCUAUGUUACAGAACCUCUUGGACCGGACUGGAUUUAGUUCCGUUCGCCUUUGUAUUUCCACUCAGCGUUGCGGUGCAGCAAGUAGUCUUUGCUUUGGAUGGAUUUCAAAAUACCGUAGAAACCACCGACGGGCCAUUUGCCCUUAGCCGACUGACGAAGCUUUUGGCGAUUAAGACGGUUGGCCUCGACAUCAAUCUUGACCUUGUCGUACACGUUUGGUAAUGUUGUGGCGUGAUACUUUUCGCGGAGCGCGUCGUAAUGCGGACGAUCAUAGACCUUCCAGAACUUGUCUUCUGGGUAGUAUGUAUGCGCAUAGAGCCACUUGCGACCACCAAGCUCUUCCAGCUUAUCCUCUAGGCCACGGUUUUUCACCACGAACUCCUCAAAGUCCUCAGGGCCCCAGCCCCAGAGGCCAAUGUUGAGCAUCUGCGCCGGCUCAUCUUUGGUGCCGUCUGCGGACCUUUCAGUAAUGCCAGUAUGGGGGUGGAACGUUGGCUGGACCGUGUGCUUGAGAGGGCAGAGCCACAGAGGCCAAAUGUUGAACUCGUCGGCGGUGUAAUUGACAAAAGCUUCGGCAUUGUCGUAUGGGAGCGACAAAUCUUGGACAACAAAACGAGCAGACUCACCACUGGCAUGGAGUGCUCUAUACAUCAUGCGUGUGUGGAUAAAGUCGUCCAGGAACCAGCGCGUAAACUUGUUGAAUGGAACAAACUUGAAGUAUUUCCAGCCCUGUGCACCAACCCAGAAGCCAGCGCGGUCGUACCGAAAUAGAUAUUCACCAAGCGGGACGUAGUCGACGACCGAGCCGGCGGGCGCCGAGUUCUCAACGGUAGGGCCCGCCGACGGCAACGCCUUGGUCUGGUCCUGGACGUGCAGGUAGAACCACGGGUCCUUGGCACGACUAAAAGUCUGGACAGGCUUGUCGGCGGGCUUCUCGUCCGUCAUAGUGCCCGUGACAAUGACACCGUGGUCCUUGGAGAAGAGGAUACCAUCAACGUAGUCAUUUUCUGGGUUCUUGGUUUCGGCCUUGACUCUCGCGACAGCCUCGGCAAUAGAGCUCGUUCGGUGAUAUGUUGUCUUGACGAAUUUGCGCGCCUGGAUCAGCUGGAGCUCCAUCAUGGUUGUGACGCCUAAAGUGCCGACUGCUCCGGCAGCACCACGGAACAGAUCCUCGCGCUCGGUGCGUGACGCCUUGACAACCUCGCCGUUUCCAAGCACCAUUUCGACAUAGUUGAUGGUGUCGUCGAAGAAACCGUGGCGGAAUGAGCUGCUUUCGCCGGCUGUACCCGCAUAGCCGCCACCAGCUGUGAUACCGGGAAACUCCAUGACGACGGGGGGCACGAGGCCGUGCUUGAGUGUUGCUUCGACAAGGCGGUCCAUGGGGACAUUGGGCUCGACAAGCGCUGUUCGGGCGCUACGAUCGACCGAGAGGACGUUGGACAGGCUGCUAAUAUCGACGACGCCGCCUCGGGGGCGCGGGCGGGUGCUGUUUGUCGAGCCGUGGAAGAUGCGGUAGGCUUCUCGCCGCUCAAAGAAGCCGCGGACAGCGGUGGCGAUCUUGCCGACGGCUUGCGCGUGACGCUCCAUGUCGGGCAGAGGAGGUUGCGGCGUCAAUUGGGGGAGGUGAUUUUUGUUGAAGUGACAGCUACGGGGUCUCUU